UCCAAUAUUAUCUUGAAUUUAUAACUGCGUCACAGUUCAUCUUAAGUUAAUUUUAAAAAUACUUAUAACCUAUCCAUGACCCUCCCAGUGAAUGAAAUAAAUGCGUAAAUCUGGCAGUGGGUCGCGAGUAAUGCAAAAUUGUUAAGUAACGUCACUGUGUUGUUGUUGUUCUUACUCAAAGAAGUUAAACCUACAAAUAUGAAUAUCUUGUACAUAACUCUUUUGGUGGUAUUACCUUUUGCUUUUGGAGUAAAAGAACAGGAACAUUGGGAAAAAUAUAAGUUAGAAUUCAAGAAGUCAUACGAUACAGUUGAAGAAGAACAACGCAAGUUCAACAUCUUCAAAGAUAACUUGAAGAUGAUCAACGCCCACAAUGAGAAGUUCAAAGCAGGACUAACAACAUAUGAAAUGGAGGUUAACAAAUUUGCUGAUUUAACUGCUGACGAAUACACCACCAAAUACAAAAUGUUUCCUAGUCAAACUUUUAUAUACAACGAUACCCUACCGGUGGCCAACGAAAUAGAACAUGGUGAAGACAACAGAACUUCCGAGUAUUUAGACUGGAGGGAGAAAGGUGCCGUAACACCUGCGAAAAAUCAAGGGACAUGUGGAGCUUGUUGGAUAUUCAGUGCAAUAGGCGUAUUGGAAGGACUUUACUUCAGGAAGUACAACAAACUAAUUUCCUUCAGCGAGCAGAACAUAGUCGACUGCAUUUCCAACACAAGUUGCUUGGGAGGGUGGCCCCCCAGGGUGCUGGGCUAUGUAGAAAAACACGGCAUAACCAAAGAAGAAGAAUACCCUUACCAGGAGAAACAAGGGGAAUGCCGACAGGAUAAAUUUAAAAGUAUAAAACUUCCCAGCAUCGAAAUAUUAAAAAUACGUGACGAGGAAGAUGCGUUGAAAGAAGCAGUUACCAAGUUUGGUCCGGUUAUAGUGUGUGUUUAUGCUAGCAGCAAGUGGAUGUUCUACAAAAGUGGUGUGUGGUACGAAAAAGAGUGUUCUUACAAUUCCAACCACGCCAUGGUGUUGGUGGGAUAUGGCAGAGAAAACGGUGCGGAUUACUGGUUGGUUAAAAAUUCGAUGGGGAAAGAUUGGGGAGAUAACGGAUUUAUCAAAAUUGCCAGGAAUAAACAUCGUAACUAUUGUGGUAUAACAGGAACAGCUUUUUAUGUUAUUUAGUUAGUUUUUAUAACUUUAUUUAUUUAAAUGUAUUCUUAAAUAUUUAAACAUGAGUAAUACUGUAGUACCUCUUAAUAGUAUUUAUAUAAAAAGAGCUUCUAUAUUUUUGAAACCCCAUUAUAAUAACAAUAACAAUCAUUAAUAUUAAAAAGUAAAGUAAGGUCAGAUAAUCCUUUGACUAUUUAUAAAAUAUUACAUACCUACACAACAGUACAAAUAUGAGCAUUGCUGGACUGAAAUGUUAAAUAUAUGGUAUAUUAUAGUAAUAAAAUUAACAAACGAUAAUGCAAGACCAAUAAGGAAGAUAUAAAGGGUGUCCCAGAGAUAUCUUGACAGG